GUCACCAAACUGCGACACAACGGGGGAAAUAGCGCCACAUUUUUUUUGGCUGCGCCAAAUAAUUUUGGGUAUUUUCAACAUUAUCGCCCUUGCCCCCUGCCAAAAAUAUUCUGCUGGGAUAACGUUUGUAGACCAUGAGUUUGUUUGGGACGACCACUGGGUUUGGAACAGGAGGGACCAGUGUCUUUGGAAGCACAACGACAGACAGCCACAAUCCUAUGAAGGAUGUUGAAGUGACUUCGCCUCCUGAUGACAGCAUCAGCUGCCUGGCUUUCAGUCCGCCCACCUUACCAGGAAAUUUCCUCAUUGGAGGAUCGUGGGCUAAUGAUGUCAGGUGCUGGGAAGUGCAGGACAAUGGACAGACUGUCCCCAAAGCCCAGCAGAUGCACACAGGUCCAGUGCUGGAUGCUUGCUGGAGUGAUGAUGGUAGUAAAGUGUUCACGGCUUCUUGUGACAAGACAGCCAAGAUGUGGGAUCUUAACAGCAAUCAAGCAAUGCAGAUUGCACAGCAUGAAGGUCCAAUCAAAGCUAUCCACUGGAUAAAGGCCCCAAACUACAGCUGUAUCAUGACUGGCAGUUGGGACAAAACACUGAAGUUCUGGGACACCCGCUCUCCCAAUCCCAUGAUGUCUCUGCAGAUGCCAGAGAGAUGCUACUGUGCAGAUGUCGUUUACCCCAUGGCGGUGGUUGCCACAGCUGAGAGAGGCCUGAUUGUGUACCAACUGGAGAAUCAGCCGUCUGAAUUUCGCAGAAUAGACUCUCCUCUUAAACAUCAGCACCGUUGUGUAGCCAUUUUCAAGGACAAGCAGAACAAGCCCACAGGCUUUGCACUGGGGAGCAUCGAGGGUCGAGUGGCCAUCCACUAUAUCAACCCUCCAAACCCAGCCAAAGACAACUUCACCUUUAAGUGCCACAGGUCCAAUGGAACCAACACAACCACUCCACAGGACAUCUACGCUGUGAAUGCUAUCUCCUUCCAUCCUGUCCAUGGCACACUGUCCACUGUGGGCUCGGAUGGUCGCUUCAGCUUCUGGGACAAAGACGCCCGCACCAAGUUGAAGACAUCGGAGCAGCUUGACCAGCCCAUCACAGCCUGCUGCUUCAACAACAAUGGCAACAUCUUUGCAUAUGCUUCCAGUUACGACUGGUCGAAGGGCCAUGAGUACUACAACCCCCAGAAAAAGAACUACAUCUUCCUGAGGAACGCCGCAGAGGAGCUGAAGCCUCGUAACAAGAAAUGAUUCAUCGUGCUGAGUCGCAUCUGUUGUGAGGAAAUGCGGAAGACCUGCUGCUUUAGUGUGUGUAUACGCUCGAGACAGACUCCUUCCUUUCGGGAAAACACCUGGACCAAUGCUGUGGUGCUGCGUGUACUGUGCAUGGACCAAUCUGAGGGGCCCACUCAACCUGGUGUUGAUGACAACUGCGUGAAAAUAGGCCAUCAUAGAAGGGGAGGGCUUUAUUUGUCAUUCACCUUGAUGUUUUGAUAUUCUUUUUUUAAGUGUCCAGCUCCUCUAUUCUUUUUCUAUCUCCCAAAGACUUCAUUCUUUUUGGUUUAAUUUCAAUCCGUGGUUCAGCUCCAUUCAUUCAAGUGGGAUGUAAAAUAAAAUACCAACAUGCAUACUCUUA